GAAAGCUGGCAACCCUAAUACAAAAAGGACUGUAACGUGAAAAAACAAGGAAUAAACAAACAACAAAUGAAAACUGCCACUAAGCAGAGUCUAAAAAUAGUAUACAUCCAUUUUUUCUAGUCAGGAGUGCUGCAGAAGAGAAAUACAGAUAAAGUUAAGCAGAAUGGAGGUCCAGUUACACACAAUUCAUAACCGUUAAAAGUUCACUUAACUUUCCUGCAGCUCUGGGAUAACAUGCUCUGUUCCCUCUGUUAGGCUCUAAUCUGUUUUCUUUGCCAAACAAAAACAUUCCUCCUUCUUAAUUGCAUGCUGGUCUUCUGCUCAAGUAUAAAGUUUAAGAUUUCAACAACAGCAACGGAGUUCACAUGAUUUGGUAAAGUUUCCCAGUAAAAGGAAGCAGCUUUUCUCUUUAUGUUCAGUGUUCUGCAGUGACACUCCAACUUCACUUGUUUGCAGUAUCGGUGAAUGAUUCUGAAAUUUGCAGCCAUGCUAAAAGGAGAUGCAGUUAUUAUCCGAUAUGUGCUCCUAGUUUCUAUGACUACAGCUGUACUGGGCAGCUGCAAUGAAACGGAGUGUGAAAGCUGCAUACCGUACUUUCCUGAGGGCAUGCUAGUGCACUGUACUAAUAAACAUCUAACGGGGCUUCCUGAGUUGCCGUAUAAUGUUUAUGAACUAAAGCUCAGUCACAACAGCAUUAGCGUACUGAAAACUGGAAUGUUCAACAUAACUGAAUUAACACAAAGACUGACGCUGUUGUUCCUGGACAACAAUAAAAUCACUGAAAUACAAUCAUCUGCCUUUCUGGGGGUUAACAAACUGAAACACCUUGAUUUAUCUCACAAUAUAAACUUGAAGUCUCUAAACAGUGGUGCACUUUUAUGUUUGUCUAGUUUGCAGUACCUGGACCUUCAAAAUACAGGUCUGGUCAGUUUAGCUCAAGGUGUUUUCAAGUCUGUUCCAGUUAUGGAAAUCUUGCUAUUACCUUUCAACAAUUUUUCAAACAUACCACCAAAUUCAUUUGAAGGUACCAGAGAACUUAAAAUUUUAGAUUUUUCCAAUAAUAACAUUAAAACACUAGAGAAAAAUGCAUUUAGUGGUGCAGCGAAUCUUACACACUUGAACUUGAGUUCUAAUCUCAUUACUAACAUUGAACGUUCGACAUUCCAGCCACUGGUAAACAUCAGGAACCUGAAACUGACAUACAACAAAUUAGUAACUAUCGAUACUAACGUGUUACAACCACUGCAACAACUUCAUCUUCUAGAACUGGAAGGAAACCAGUGGGAUUGUACUUGUUCAGCAUCGAAUUUCUACAGAUGGAUUCAGUCAUUUCAUGGAAAUGUUACAGGACCCCUUUGUGCUACUCCUCAGUUUUUAAUUGGUAAAGGUGACCUGGGUCACCUGUCGUCUGAAUGUUACAUACACUGUCCCAAGCAUGAACCCAAGGAGAACUGCUGGCUUCCACCAACAACUGCACCCCCUAUAAAUCUGAAUGAAGUCAUUCCAAGAUUAACAAAUCUUGUUUACAUCUCCCUAGCAUUCAGUGCAAUAUCAGUGGGUGUUAUAGCGGCAGCGUCCAUGGGGAUCUGGCUCAUAAAGCGCCAACAACGUACACAGUCUGCGGUAUCUAUCAUCAAUGAUAGUGAUACAGAAUGAUUGAAGAGAAAACAAGCAGCAAAAUAUGCACUUCUGUACACUGAAGAGUAACUCCCGAAACACUAGUCAUCUUGUAACUGAUCCGUGAAUAAUCUGUGCACUUUAUGUCAAUAUGUGUUUAUUGCAAUUAAAUUAGAGUUCUGUAAAUGAACAUUAUGAAGUCACUUUCUUACUGCAGAUCUGCUAUCGAAUAUUUUAAAUGCAAAAUGGCAUGGAUCGUGUACAAAAUGUACUUUUUGCAAAUAUACUCACAUUUUGUGUUCCUUA